GCGAAUAAGUAGUAGUGGAAGAAGAAGACGACGACGGUCACAGUGAAACUCAAGCUAACUGUAGCACUGAGCUUUUAUUAUAUACAACUUUAGUUCUGGUUUCAUUGUCAUGGAACAAAAUAAACGAGCAAAACGCUAGUCCAAAGGCUUUAAUUUGAAAACGGAAGGAACCCCGGGAGUAUAACUCAGGUCCAUCCACUUCUUAUACUACAUAUAAGGUGUAAUGCGCGUUCGUCUGAGCUGGGUGCUAUGGGAUGUGAAGGACACCCUGCUGAAGGUGCGUGUGUCUGUGGGAGAGCAGUACUGCAGGGAGGCUGAGCGCAUGGGCCUGAGCCUCACUCCCACGGAGGUGGACGCUGCUUUCCACCAAGCGUAUCGGUGCUAUUCCAGCAAAUACCCAAACUACGGCAUCACACAGGGUCUGGAUGGACAGUCUUGGUGGAUGGGGGUGAUCCGGAACACUUUCUCCCAGUGCAGAGUGGAUGACCAAGUCUUAUUAAAUGCCAUGGCUCACAACCUGUAUCAUAAUUUCUGCAAAGCAGACACCUGGGAGGUAUUUCCAGACUCGAAGAAGGCCCUGGAGAGUUGCUCUUCUCUAGGACUGAAGCUGGGUGUGGUGUCCAACUUUGACAGCCGUUUGGAGAGAAUCUUACAUGCGUGUGACCUGCUGUCUCACUUCUCCUUCUUGGUCACGUCAGAGGACGCAGGUGUAGCAAAGCCCGAUCCGAUCAUCUUCGAUAAGGCGCUGCAGAAAUGUGGCGUCCCAGCCGCUGGCGUGGCUCACAUCGGCGACCACCAUGUGAACGAUUACCUGACCUCUCGGUCUGUGGGCAUCAACGGGGUCCUUUUAGACAGACAGAACAAUCAGAACCAAGUCGAUGUUGAGCGAGAGCAUCGGCUCAGCUCGCUGGAGGAGCUGCCAUCAUGGCUCCAGCAGCACAUGAAAUAAUGCCAUGUGAAAAAGCCAUGUUGACCACUUCAUAGCAAUUAAUUUAACACAUGAAAUGCUCUUUACAGAAUUCAGAAUAAUAUAUAAAUUGUAUAUUUUUUGUAAAUAAAUUGGGAGCAAUAAUUAUCAA